AUGCCUGCCGUCGGCGACCAGCAUCUCAAUACAGGCGGGAAAACAAUAACAAAUCCCUUCGAAGACGUCAAGCCUCGAAUCUCCGAGUACACAGCCCAAGAAAUUGCUACGCUCCAAAGCCGACUCGAAAAGCAACUGGGCCCAGAAUACAUCUCCUCAAGAGCCGGACCCUCGGGACAAAAGGUACACUACCUAGCAGCAGAGAAAUGCAUCCAACUCGCCAACGAAGUCUUCGGCUUCAACGGCUGGUCCAGCCAGAUCAUGGACGUACAAGUCGAUUUUGUAGACGAGAAUCCGCAGACCUUUAAGGUCUCUCUAGGUCUCAGUGUUAUUGUACGAGUCACACUGCGAGAUGGAACCUUUCAUGAGGAUGUCGGGUACGGACACAUGGAGAACUGCAAGGGAAAGGCGGCGGCGUUUGAAAAGGCAAAGAAGGAGGGCACGACGGAUGCAUUGAAGAGAGCCCUCAGGAAUUUUGGCAAUGUGCUCGGCAAUUGCAUUUAUGAUAAGGAGUAUUUGAAGCAUGUUACUAAGGUCAAGGCACAACCUACGAAGUGGGAUGUGGAGAAGUUGCACAGACAUUCUACGUUUGUGCCUACGCCGAUGAAGAAGGAGCUGGAGCCGGGGUUUAAACUGUUGGAGGAGAAAUCACAGAAUGGAGCUGCUGGUGCGAGUAUCUCCACUGAGGAUACCUUCGAUGACGAAUUUGGAGAUUUUGAUGAAGCAGACUUCAGUGUUGCAGACCCGGAAUCCCAUCCGGACGAGGUGGUUAUUCCUCCUGAGCUACCUGCUGCAUCUCACCAUUUCAAUGGUGUUCGAGGCCGCCCUUCUGCCCCAAACGGAGGCAACCUAAAUAUAAAUAGGCCACCUGCCAGUCACCCUCCACCAGGGCCUGGCCCAGGAAAAGGUCAGCCUGUAGGCAACAAUAAUCAGGCACCUCAACCUCAAACGCCCAAUAGUGGAUUUACGAGGUCGAACAGCGGAGCAGGUCAAGCUAUGCGUCCACCAGCAGAUUCGGGACUUCAGUCACGCCCUCUUGUUGCUGGACGCGUCCUCAACCAGCCAAGUCGGAAUGGUCCACCUUCAGCACCGGCCUCUCCAGCUCGACUUAACAGACCCUCCGACGACGCUGACGCCUGCAUGCCUCCACAAGGAGCAGGCUUUUUCUCAGCCAGAGCAGCAGCCAUGCUCCCCGAAGGCCAGACCACCGAGGGAGCCCCCGCACCACUACCCAGCCACCUCCCCGCCUUCAACCCACACGCCGAAUCCCCAUCCAUCCGCAAAACUCCCGGAAUCGACCACAAAACCUCCAAACCACUGACUCGAGAUCUUAAACAUAUACCUGGUUCAUCUCAAGCUGUGGCUGCCAGCCCUGGGCCAAAGACGACUAAUAUUGUGAACCCCCAGCUAGAUGCGACAAGAAGGAUUGGUGCACCUGGGAGCUUUAGUCCGAUGGCGAAUAGGGGAUCAUUUAAGCAGCCAUUGAAGAGGCCGGUUGAUAAUGGAGCGAACAGGACGCCUUUGACGGAUUUACCUGCCAAUGGACCUGUGGGAGGUGAUGCUGGUGGUGAUACCAAGAGGCAGAGGAUUAAUGGUUGA